GGCGACAGUGCAUGGCGUGGGUCACGUUGCACAGGAGCAGAAACCUCGUCGGUGCCAUAACCAGUGGACUCAUAGUGUAGCAGCAGUAUUAAAUGAUCAACGUCCGCCCCUGAAAGCGACGUUUUGCAGCCUCCGUGUGACACUGCGUAGUCCCCAGACAGCCCACGACAACAACCCAACGGGAUGGCCGUCUUCGACAAGAACGCCGCCGACGGCGGGGCUCCAAAGGAAGUUGGCCAUAAUAUGCAGGACAAAACUGCUGAGCCGGACGACGCCGAGGUUGGCGACAUCAAGGAGGUCAACAAGUACGCGUACGAUGACUCGCGCAAGCUGGGCAUCACCGGCGCCGUGUUCCUCAUCCUCAACAAGAUGAUCGGCACCGGCAUCUUCUCGACGCCCUCGAGCAUCUUCGCAGCGACCGGCUCCGUCGGUGUGAGCCUGAUGCUGUGGGUCAUCGGCGGCUUCCUCACCUUCUGCGGCCUCAGCGUGUGGAUCGAGUUCGGUCUGGCGAUCCCCCGCUCGGGCGGCGAGAAGAACUACCUGGAGCACAUCUACCGCCGGCCGCGCUACCUCGCCACCUGCGUGCUGGCCGCCCAGAUGAUCCUGCUCGGCUUCUCGUCCGGCAACUCGCUCGCCUUUGGCCGCUACAUACUCUACGCCGCCGGCAACGAGCUCGAGGACACCUACAAGGGCCGCGCCAUCGGCGUCGCCUGCGUCACCUUCGCCGUCGCGCUGCACGCCGUGCUCCCCAAAUGGGGCAUCCGGCUGAUCAACGUCCUCGGCGUUUUCAAGGUCGCCGUACUCGUCUUCAUCGUCUUCUCGGGCUUCGCCGCGCUCGCCGGCCGCCGCCUGGUGCCGGAUCCGCACAACUUCGACAACGGGUUCGCCAUCGAGAGCGGCGUCGGCUACGGCGGCGGCGGCGCGUACGAGUACUCCAACGCGCUGCUCAACAUCGUCUACAGCUACAAGGGCUGGGAGAACGCCAACUACGUGCUGGGCGAGAUCCGCAACCCGCGCCGCACGCUCGCCAUCGCCGCGCCGCUCGCCGUCGGCCUCGUGACGGUGCUCUACGUGCUCGCCAACGUGGCCUACUUCGCCGCCAUCCCCAAGUCCGACCUGGCCACCUCCGACGUCAUCGUCGCCGGCCUGUUCUUCAGGAACGUCUUCGGCGACAGCGCCGGCGCCCGCAGCCUGCCGGCCUUCGUCGCGCUCAGCAACCUGGGCAACGUGCUCGCCGUCAGCUUCGCCCACGCCCGCCUCAACCAGGAGCUGGGCAAGGAGGGGCUGCUGCCCCUCAGCCGCCUGUGGGGGUCCAACAAGCCCUUCAACACGCCUGCCGCUGCCCUCUUCCUCCACUGGCUCGUCACCAUCAUCGUGCUGCUCGCCCCGCCGCCGGGGCCGGCGUACAACUUCAUCGUCAACCUGUACACGUACCCGGGCGCGUGGAUCAACAGCUUCGUGGCGGCGGGCCUGAUCUACCUGCAGUACGGGAACCGCGGGGAGCCGUGGCAGCCCGGCUGGCGCACCUGGCUGCCCGUCACGGUGAUCUUUUUGCUGUGCAACGCCUUCCUGGCCGUCGUGCCCUUCAUCCCGCCGUCGAACAGCGACUUCUGGGCCGACGGCUACCCCUACUACGUGUUCCCCGUCGUCGGCGUCGGCGUGCUGCUCCUCGGCGCCUUCUACUGGACCCUGUGGACCAAGUUCUGGCCCGCCGUCAGGGGGCAUCGCAUCGUCGCCGAGCGGGUUGUGGAUGAGGACGGGGUUGAGGUCAUUCGCUAUCGCAAGGUCAAAACGCGCGUUGCUUGAUUAGGUGGUGUCAGGAUAUGUGUCUUGGGCGGGUUGAGGGGGGGCGCGGUCUCCGCUGGGCAGGCGUGGGCAGCGCGGGGUCCCCAGUGUCCUUUCAGGUCUGGUAACUGGACUACUCCCUAGGCAUAAUAAGACUUGACAGUGAUCAAUCUCAUCAACAAAACAUCGCGUGCAGCAA